UAACAGAUUUUUCCCGCCAUAUGUCAUGACAAGACUUGUUUAAACGUGGUUUGUUUACAAUCCAAAACAUUGGAUUAUACGUUUAUUUAAAGGGCGUUGUAAUAAGAACAUUCCGAGAGGUUGUUGAGAUUUGUCUUUAAUAGGAAUACAUUGGACUAAAAUGUACAUGUUAUACAACAUUGUAUGAACAGUGCAGUGACAUAAAGAAGGGCAGAUGAUUAGAUAUUGGCACAGGUAGUGCAGGUAGUAAAUUCAUUGACUAGAUGUACAGGAGAUUUAAACACGGCAUAGAUGAAGUACAAGAUGUUGUACAAAGAAGUUUGUCAAACCUGUCAGUGGUUGAUCUGCAUCCAUCCCAGUCAGCUGACAAAGUUGACCCAGAAAUACUGCAGACAGUGCAGGAAUGCUGGGAAGAGAUUGGUUCCCAGUGUGUAGAAUAUGGGCACCAGUCAAGGUAUAGUAAGGUGACAGAUGAUGGAGAAUGGAGAACUGUACGGAUAUUUGUGUCAUCAACAUUUACGGAUUUCUUCUGUGAAAGAGAAGUACUUGUUAAAAAGGUAUUCCCCGAGUUACGAGAGUGGUGUCAUGAGCGCAUGUUGUAUGUGGUAGACUGUGACUUGCGCUGGGGAGUACCAAAGGACACAACCACUUCAGAGACUAUUGCAAUAUGCCUUGAGGAGCUUGACAGAUGUAUUGACGAGACACAUGGAGAACCAUUCUUUCUAAACAUGACUGGAGAAAGGUAUGGCUGGAUUCCAGCUUCAGAUGACUUACCAGAGGCACUAAGAAAGAGGUUUCACUGGGUGCCAAAUACCUCUAUAACUUUUAUGGAAGUUCUGCAUGGUGCAUACAGGAUGCAGAAUCCAAAUGCUUUAUUCAUGAUGAGGGACAGUUCAAUUCUCAAGGACAUUCCAGAGGAGCAGAUGUCUCGAUAUAAAGAUACAGAUCAGUUACAGGUCCAACAUCUCAAGCAACUGAAGACAUGGCUACAGUCAAGAUUUCCUGAGCAAAUGCACGAGUACUCGUGCAAUGCAGAGGGAACGGUUAAACUGCAUGACAAAGAAAUGGUGAAUAUCACUGGAUUAGAAGACUUCUGUGAUCAAGUCUUAAAGUUUUUCAAAGCAGCCAUUACAAGAACAUUCCCCAACAGAGAGUGUGUCCAGGUACAGGAUUCCAAAGUUCUUAUAGAAAAUGCCAGUCAGAAGAAGUUUGUGGAGGAAUUAGCAGGUAGCAUGCUUGGACGUAAACAGGAAGCUGAGCAGAUUUUGUCCUUUCUACAGGGACAUAAUGAUCAGGAUCUCGUAGCUGGAAAGACAAGUAAACCAUUUUCAAGAGAUGUAGAGUUCUGGCAUGACUUCACUGACUGUGAUAAUGCCCUCCUGCGUUUGUCUGGUGAAUCAGGUUAUGGAAAGACAACUUUGUUAGCAUUCAUUGCACAUCAAGCUGUUAGGAAUGGUAUGGAUGUGUUUUACCAUUUCUGUGGAAGUAGUGGUAACUCCCAGAAUGCCUCGCUGUUGAUGCAGAGACUAGCAGCUUUCCUGAAACAAGACCACUCUACAGAGUAUCUUGAAACACUGUACCAGUCAGAUGAUGGGAAACUAAAGGAUAUGAUAAGACAAGCACUUCUAGCCUUGAAGAAUAAGCCUGCUGACAAACCCAUAGUGUUGGUAUUUGAGGCCCUGAAUCAGUUAUCAUCAGCAGACACUUUGAAACAUAUAAGCUGGUUGCCUCCAAAGUUCCCCGCUGGAGUACGGUGUAUAGUGAGCAGUACUGAGCAUCCCCCUACAGUGAGCAGGAUCCGGGAAUAUGCUUAUUAUAAUAUGAAACUAGAGGCUUUGAAAACAUCAGAUGCUAGAGACAUUAUACAGCUGUUCCUUCAGAAAUUUAAUAAGAGAUUGGAUAAUGACCAGUUAUCUUUGAUCCUGGAUUCUAAAUGUUCUGAGAGUCCUCUGUGGCUGUACUUGAUUUGUGAGGAACUGAGAAUCUACGGUGACUUCCGGUCUCUCACCAAGCACGUGCAAGCUGUUACCACUAGUACUGAAGGAAUGAUUGAGGCUGUACUGAGACGCUUGAUCAAGGAAGAUGAUACCAACUAUAUGGAGAAGACACUAUGUCUGAUAACAUGCUGUUCUGGUGUGAUAACUGUCCAAGAUCUACAAAGAAUGCUAGGAAACAUAUCAAAGAAAGAACCACUGGCACCGCUUUUGUGGGCCAAAGUUAAAAGGAACCUUUCUUCCUACCUGAGAGUCACAAACUACAAUGAUCAAAUCACAUUUGUGCAUGUGAAGAUAAAAAAUGUGAUCUAUGAUUGUUUGAUAAAGAACCAAACAGAAGCAAAACAAUGGCAUACUAUACUUGCUGACUAUAUAGAGUAUUGGUGUGAAAAUACAACACUCAGAAUGGAAGCCCUGCCACAUCAUCUACAGCAAGCUGGGUUAAGAAAAAGAUUGGUGCAUUUUGUGAGAGAAGUUCCUGAAUCAGCACGUAUCCCAACAUUUAGACGCAGUGCAAUUAUGUUGGAAUGUCGCUGUCGGAACCUUGCUGAUCCGAUAAUAAAGGGGGUUGCUCCAGUAUAUAUAUGUACAUUUUGUCAACACAAACGUGCUAUUUAUCACCCAGGUGGAUAUCAUUCUAAUGAAGAUAUGUGUGUCGUGUGUGGAAAUGUCAGUUUUAACAAUCCGCACACUGCACUGGCUCAUGCAUGUAACUUUCACUCCAUGCACCAGCAUGCUACAUCUCCACGAUGUUUUCUUUGCGAAAAGGUUGUUGGACUGAAUAUGUUUACACCGGCGAAAUUGUGCAUACAUUGUGGCUUUGGAAACUACGGGAAGAGAUGUGUUGCCAUGGAUAUGAGUUUAUGAUACUUAACUUGUACUGCACCGUGACGAAAUUUCCCACCUCUGUCGCAAGGUGUUUUUGAAAGACACUAUGGGGAAUGGGGAAAUGAGAGUUUAUGCGCGUGAUACCUCA